AUGGGGCCUGAGAUUGAAGCGGCUGCCGUCGACGUCAAAGAUAAACCUACAAUCAUCGGCCUUUAUGGCGUCUCUGGAUCUGGGAAGACUCAUCUGCUCAACCAGCUUAGCUCUGCAAUCAUCGGAGAACUGGUACCCGGCGGCCUUGACUCGUUCAAGAAAGCGGACGUACAAGAGCAGCUCUACUGGCGUGAGUUGGCCAUAAGAACCAUCAGCGACAAAUGUUCCACAAGUGGCAGUGUCGGGAUUGUCGCAGGCCACUUCAUGUUUUGGUCCGGGGACGAGACUAUGGCCCCGGAACAUGUCUGUACCGAAGCGGAUCUGAAUACCUACACACAUAUUUUGUACUUGGAGGUCCCUGCCGAUGUUGUUGCUAAACGACGUCGAGCCGAUGAGCAUCGUUGCCGCCCCGAAAUAUCGCCCGAAAAUCUUCAGAGAUGGCAGGAUGCGGAGAUUGAUGGCUUGCGAUAUGUAUGUCACAAUAGAGGUAUAUUGUUCCACGUCCUGCACGUUGAUGAAUCCGCGCUCGGCCCAAAGGUAUUGCAACUUUGCAAGAUCUUUCAGCUGACUGAAGUGGACUACCGCACGAAGAUCAACGACGGGAUUGAUGAAAUGGUAUUCGAGCAUGACGAUUUAGAGACCAUGCUAGUCCUAGACGCCGACAAAACACUGGCCGAAGUGGAUACCGGUGUCUUGUUUUGGCAAAGGGUUCAGAAGAACAUGUUGCCACAGGCGAAUGGCAAGCUUUAUACUUUGCAAAGACUUUUUGGGGGCCCACUCGGGUACUCGCUCAAUGCUUUCCUACAGACAGCGCUUUUGCACGAAGAGAUCGAUAGCGAAAGGAAAUUUGAGACAUUAUGCGAGGAUGUUGCUUCUGGGGUUACCAUGUAUCGCGAAUUCGUUUCGAUGCUUGAAGCCGUGGUGGCACAUAAGCACGUUGGGAUCAUUGUUCUUACGUGCGGAUUGCAACUAGUAUGGGAAAAGAUCUUGCGGAAGGCAGGUCUGCUUGGCCGCGUCAAAGUCAUCGGCAAUGGACGCAUCGAUCAUGAUUGCCUCGUCACCCCCGACCUGAAAGCCACCGCUGUGCGACGCCUAAGAAAUCAUCACCAUAUAAGUGUCUGGGCAUUCGGGGACAGCCCUCUAGACCUGCCAAUGCUGAAGGAAGCUGAUCAGGCUAUUGUCGUUGUCGGUGAUGAGUACAGCCGAAGCAAAUCCAUGGAGACAGCCCUGGCAAACGCCAUAGGGGUCAACGGAUUUAAGGCACGACAAACUCUACUGCCUCAUACUGGAGAGCCACGCCUGGACCAGGUAAAGUUACCUGUUGUUCAGCUUUCAGACCAAGACCUACUAGACAACAUCGUUGGUCGACGUUUCUCAGAUCGAUUAGGCGCUAUGCCCGGCAAGCUUCAUGUAUUUGAGGCAACCGAAAAGGAUGCAGCCAAACUGCUCAUGACUCCGACACGUGACGCCCAGCUUGCUGGUCCGCUUUUGAGAGAAGCCCAUCGCCGUGUGGGAUGGUAUCUCGCAGUUGACCUCCUGACAAGUGUGAUUGGGCUCGAAGAUUACCUAGUCCCGCAUGUGCAAGGUCAUCAGACAAAUGGCUUCCGUCUCUGUGCCGAGUCGCGCACCAUCAUCGUGGCGCUGAUGCGCGGCGGAGAACCUAUGGCGCUAGGGGUGAAUGAUGCUUUCCCGUUGGCUUCGUUUCUCCAUGCCCAUAGACCGGGUGAUCUGAAGUUGCAGCAUCUCGUCGGACAUGACAAUGUGAUACUCGUUGAUUCUGUAGUGAAUAGUGGUAAAACGCUGGUUGAUUUUGUCCAACACGUGCGGUCGCUGGCGGUCAAUACCUGCAUUGUCAUUGUUUCGGGAGUUGUCCAAGCUGGGGCAAUUGCGAUAGGAAAUCCGGUUCGUGAUGCACUUGUACGGGAAGGAGAUGUUAGUCUUGUUGCUCUGAGAGUGUCCGAGAACAAGUUCACGGGGAGAGGCACAACUGACACGGGCAACCGCCUCUUCAACACGACACAGCUGGAGUGA